GCCCGCCGGCCGCCAGGGAUCGCUGUGACGCGGCUCGGGCCCAGCACGCGGCCGCUCUGGCCCGGGGAAGUCGCUGUCCUUACCUUCAACAGGAGCCCGUUCCCUGUGUGUGUGUCCCCUCGCCCUCUGUUCCGUCCUGCGGCUGCCCACUGCCCUCCUACGGUCCACCAUGGCCCUGCUGCACUCCGGCCGCGUCCUCCCCGGGAUCGCCGCCGCCUUCUACCGGGGUCUCGCCGCUGCGGCCUCUGCCAGAGCCAGCUCCUGGUGGACCCAUGUGGAAAUGGGACCUCCAGAUCCCAUUCUGGGAGUCACUGAAGCCUUUAAGAGGGACACCAAUAGCAAAAAGAUGAAUCUGGGAGUUGGUGCCUACCGGGAUGAUAACGGAAAGCCUUACGUGCUGCCUAGCGUCCGCAAGGCAGAGGCCCAGAUUGCCGCAAAAAAUUUGGACAAGGAAUACCUGCCCAUUGGGGGACUGGCUGAAUUUUGCAAGGCAUCUGCAGAACUAGCCCUGGGUGAGAACAGCGAAGUCUUGAAGAGUGGUCGGUUUGUCACCGUGCAGACCAUUUCUGGAACUGGAGCCUUAAGGAUCGGAGCCAGUUUUCUGCAAAGAUUUUUUAAGUUCAGCCGAGAUGUCUUUCUGCCCAAACCAACCUGGGGAAACCACACACCCAUCUUCAGGGAUGCUGGCAUGCAGCUACAAGGUUAUCGGUAUUACGACCCCAAGACUUGCGGUUUUGACUGCACAGGAGCUGUGGAGGAUAUUUCAAAAAUACCAGAGCAGAGUGUUAUUCUUCUGCAUGCCUGCGCCCACAAUCCCACGGGAGUGGACCCGCGUCCGGAACAGUGGAAGGAAAUAGCAACAGUGGUGAAGAAAAGGAAUCUCUUUGCGUUCUUUGACAUGGCCUACCAAGGCUUUGCCAGUGGUGAUGGUGAUAAGGAUGCCUGGGCUGUGCGCCACUUCAUCGAACAGGGCAUUAAUGUUUGUCUCUGCCAAUCAUAUGCCAAGAACAUGGGCUUAUAUGGUGAGCGUGUAGGAGCCUUCACUAUGGUCUGCAAAGAUGCGGAUGAAGCCAAAAGGGUAGAGUCACAGUUGAAGAUCUUGAUCCGUCCCAUGUAUUCCAACCCUCCCCUCAAUGGGGCCCGGAUUGCUGCUGCCAUUCUGAACACCCCAGACUUGCGAAAACAAUGGCUGCAAGAAGUGAAAAGCAUGGCCGACCGCAUCAUUGGCAUGCGGACUCAACUGGUCUCCAACCUCAAGAAGGAGGGUUCCACCCACAACUGGCAACACAUCACCGACCAAAUUGGCAUGUUCUGUUUCACAGGGCUAAAGCCUGAACAGGUGAGUGAUUCUGAUUUCUCUGCAGCAGACCAACUGAUCAGUCUUUGCAAACCCAAAGGAUUCUUUUUUUUCUUUUUUCUUUUUUAUUUAAUGUUUUCGGGUUUUUUGUUUUGUUUUUGUUUUGUUUUUGUUUUUGUUUUGAGACAGUCUCGCUCUGAAACCCAGGCUGGAGUGCAGUGGUGCAAUCUCAGCUCACUGCAACCUCCACCUCCCAGGGCUUAAGUGAUCCUCCUGCCUCAGCCUCCUGAGCAGCUGGGACUACAAGUGAGUGCCACCAUACCUGGCUAAUUUUUGUAUUUUUUGUAGAGACGUAAUUUCGCCAUGUUGCCCAGGCUUGUCUUGAACUCCUGGACUCAAGCGAUCUGCCUGCCUUGGUCUCCCAAACUACUGGGAUUACAGGUGUAAGCCACUGAGCCCAGCCCCAGAAGGAGUCUUCAUAGAUCACCCACCUGUUCAAAGUUACCCUAAAAACAGUUAAAACAGUUAUUUUGGAGCCCUUUUAGGUAAAAGUAUUGUAAUACUUUUUAGCAUUUAUUUUGCUUUUUUUUUUUAGUUGUUUACCUCUCUGUAUCCCCCAUGAACUCACAAAUUUCUAAAGAGCAGAGCUUGUUUUGAUCAUGUUCAUGAUCACUGUUGCUUCUCCCAAGAGAGCAACAGGAGAAAUACCUGUUUCAUAAUUGAAUCAUGGCUCUGCUGAAUCUAAAGGUGUUUUUUUCCCCAUCUGUUUAUGCCUCAGAAUUCAUCAUCCUACUUUAAAGUAGCUGUUUUUUUUGAGAUGGAGUCUCACUGUCAUCCAGGCUGGAGUGCAUUGGCGCAAUCUCGGCUCACUGCAGCCUCUGCCUCCCAGGUUCCAGGUUCCAGCUAUUCUCCUGCCUUAGCCUCCUGAAUAGCUGGGAUUACAGGUGUGAGCCACUGCACUCAGCCUUAAAGUAGCUUUUUAUUCUUAUUUUAUUCCAAGCUAACAGCAAAUUCUGGGAACAGGUUUUAAGCGAGGAAAUAGAGCUUUGGUAAGUUGGCUACUGUGCCAUGUCAGGCUGGGGAGAAUCCCCUGUACCGGGAAGAGGUACCCAAGUUCUUUCCUCUCUGCAGGUGGAGCGGCUGAUCAAGGAGUUCUCCAUCUACAUGACAAAGGACGGCCGCAUCUCUGUGGCAGGGGUCACCUCCAGCAAUGUGGGCUACCUUGCCCAUGCCAUUCACCAAGUCACCAAGUAAUGUCCCUGGUGUGAGGAAACAGAGACAACCUUUCUGUCUUCAGCCUCUGCUAUUGAGAGCUUCACACAGACAAUGAGAGAGGGUGGAUGGUGGUGAGUGGAUCAUUUCUUUCAACCACAGUGUGUAACACUCAGCAUUUGAAUGUUUCUCAGAAAAGAACAUGUAGUGACACAGGGCAGAGGCAUCUGUGGCUGGCGUCUGGAACAUUAAACCAAACCCUCCCCUGUCCUUUUUUCUCCAACUUUUUUCAAAGAGUUUACAUGUGCAAGAAAGUCAUCGCACCAAAAAACCUGUCAACUAUGCCAUUGCAAUAUUUCAGAAGCUUUAACUGAAGUGUCAGCUUCCUCGUGAGAAACAGCACACAUUAGAGGCUUUGAGAGAAGACCUAGUUCUAUCAUGAGCAGUCGGCCUCGUAUCUGUCCUCCCAUCUUGGAGCAACCUUAUCAACAGGCCGCACUGCAGAAGUGAUGUUUUAUGAAAACCAAUGAGGCUGCUGCCACUCCAGCAAGGAAAAUAAUGCGGUUUCUUGUCUUAUUUAAGAAAAAGAGAAGGCUCUCUUUUCUCCCUUGUCAUUGCUGUUCUUUUCCUUACACACAAAGAUUUUUUAACUAUUGCAGAUUUUCAUCCCAUUCUACUGCUUGACUGACCAUCAACUCCAUCCUAUUGAGAUUUAUUUAAGAAUGAAGAACAUAAUUUUUUGCUGAUGGCUGUACCCUCACCUUUCUCAGCAAAGAAUAGUGGAGAGUAGGAAACUGUACUUUCUCUCGGCAUCCUCUUGAAUGAUAGUGUAAGUUUCUCCGGUUGGGAUGUUGUCUCUGCCUGGUUGGACCUCCUCCCUUUGUUGAAUGUGGUGUGCAGCCACUCAUCUCACACCAUGAGUCCAGCGGCGCAGGGUGGUACCAGGAAAGAGGAUAUUCUAGGCUUUGUGUGCUGCUAGCUGGGUUCAGGCUUCACCCACUGGAAAGAACUACCAUCUGCUCUAACCAUGUAGACUUAUUGCGGCCUGGUUUCUCUGUUACAAUAAAAUUACUGUAGACCCAA